CUGAAACAGCAGACUCCAUAAACACACACACACAUAAUAACUAUCAAUUAUCAACAGCUGAAUAGGUGAAUGGAGCAUAUCUUUAAUCUCUUAAAUGUGGUAAUAGCCAUAAUCAAUCUUUCUAGAACAAAUGGGACAUUCUGCAGCCUGCAAGGUGAGCCUGCAUACCCACAGCUGUCGAAGGAUGGUGAUAUCAUAGUUGGAGGGAUUUUUCCCUUCCAUAGCAGUUGGGAAAUCACAGAUGUGUCCUAUGUGGUCAAGCCAUCACCACUGAAUUGCAUGAGUCUUGAUUUCAGAGCUUUCCAGUUCUCACAGUCAUUGAUUUUUGCAAUAGAAGAAAUCAACAACAGCUCCUCUUUGCUGCCUGGUGUCUCACUGGGCUAUAAGAUAUAUGACACCUGCAGCUCCACAGCAUUGGGGGUUAGAAUGGCCAUGACACUUGUUAAUGGAAACGAGAACUCAACCUUGAAUGAGAUUUGCACAAGGCCAGCCCAGGUGCAAGCCAUAAUCGGCGAGACAUACUCAUCAGUGUCAAUGGCAAUCGCAAAGAGUGUUGGACCUUUCAGCGUUCCCUUAGUAAGUCAUUAUUCCACCUGCGAGUGUCUCAGUGACAAAAGGAAAUAUCCCUCAUUUUUACGCACUAUUCCCAGUGACUAUUUUCAGAGCAGAGCACUGGCAGAGAUGGUGAAACACUUUGGCUGGACAUGGGUGGGAGCAAUAAGAAGAGAUGAUGAUUAUGGUAACAAUGGAAUGGCUGCAUUUACUCAAGCUGCAGAAGAGUUAGGAAUAUGCUUAGAAUAUUCUCUUACAUAUUUCAGAACCUACUCACAAGAAAAAGUGUUGAGAAUGGUUGAGCAGAUCAAAAGCUCCACUUCCCGAGUAAUAGUGGGAUUUCUUGCUCAUUGGGACUUGGAGAUUUUGCUGAAUGUGUUUCAUGAACAUAAUAUCACUGGAUUUCAGUGGGUGGGAACUGAAGGUUGGAUUUCUGAUUCUGGCCUAGCUGCAAUGGAUAAGCACAAAAUCCUGCUGGGAGCUAUUGGCCUAGCCAUCCCCAAAACAACAGUUACAGGUCUGAAAGACUUUAUUCUGGAUGUACAUCCACUAAAAUCUGCAGGCAGUGCUAUAUUUACUCAAUUCUGGGAGGCUCUGUUUCAGUGUACAUAUGCAAAACAGAAUGAAACUGAAUAUACAGGAAAAGCGUGCACAGGAAAAGAGAAACUGUCUGAAGUGGAAAACACAUUUACUGACAUGUCCCUGAUGCCCAUUUUCAGUAAUGUGUAUAAAGGAGUUUAUGCUGUUGCUCAUGCCCUACAUGGCCUCCUCAGAUGCACACAAACAUGCCCCACAAAGACACAGCCUGAUCCUCUCACUUUUCUAGAACAUCUCAAAAGGGUGCGCUUCAAAACGAAAGAAGAUGAAGAAGUGUUUUUUGAUGAAAAUGGUGAUCCUCCUGCAAAAUAUGAGAUUAUAAACUGGCAAACAACUAAAGAACACCAGCAUGAGUUUGUCACUGUUGGACUUUAUGACUCCUCAUUUCCUCCUCAUGAUCGAUUAGCAGUAAACAUGGCUUCUAUUGUGUGGGCACAAAAUAGCAAGCAGGUGCCGAGAUCAGUGUGCAGUGAGAGCUGUCCUCCAGGCACCAGAAAAGCUGUACAGAAAGGGAAGCCGAUCUGCUGCUUUGACUGCAUACCAUGUGCAGAAGGAGAGAUCAGCAACAUGACAGAUUCAAUUAAAUGUGACCAAUGCUACCAAGACUACUGGUCAAAUCCUUACAGAGAUGAGUGUGUGAAAAAGGAAAUAGAAUUCCUGUCCUAUGAGGAAACUAUGGGGAUUUUGCUGACAGCUGUUUCAAUUAUUGGCACAUUUUUAACAAUAAUGAUAGCAAUCAUAUUCUUUAAACAUAAGAAUACCCCAAUAGUCAAAGCCAAUAACUCAGAGCUGAGCUUUCUGCUGCUCUUUUCUCUGGCCUUAUGUUUCCUCUGUUCACUUACUUUCAUCGGUCAGCCCUCUGAGUGGUCCUGUAUGCUGCGUCACACAGCUUUUGGAAUAAUCUUCGUCCUCUGCAUCUCCUGUGUUCUGGGGAAAACAAUAGUGGUGUUAAUGGCCUUCAGAGCUACACUUCCAGGCAGUAAUGUCAUGAAAUGGUUUGGGCCUCCACAGCAGAGACUCAGUGUUCUUGCUUUCACAUUAAUUCAGGUCCUAAUUUGUGUGAUUUGGUUAGCAACAUCCCCUCCAUUCCCUUUUAAAAAUCUAAAGCACUACAAAGAGAAGAUCAUUCUAGAAUGUCACUUAGGAUCAACUAUAGGUUUCUGGGCUGUGCUGGGUUAUAUUGGCCUUUUGGCUCUUUUGUGUUUUAUUUUAGCUUUUCUGGCUCGGAAGCUUCCUGAUAAUUUUAAUGAAGCCAAGUUCAUCACAUUCAGCAUGCUCAUAUUCUGUGCAGUCUGGAUCACCUUCAUUCCAGCAUAUAUCAGCUCUCCUGGAAAGUUCACAGUUGCUGUGGAAAUAUUUGCCAUUCUGGCCUCAGGUUUUGGUUUGCUUUUCUGCAUUUUUCUACCAAAAUGUUACAUAAUCAUACUGAAACCAGAGAAAAACACCAAAAAACAAAUGAUGGGAAAAGUGCCAGCUAAAUAAAGAGCUGGUUAACUAUUAACAUAGUCCUAAAACAUGUAAGUUAAAUGUUCAAAGCCAAGAUAUUGCUUAGUUUGUAUUUAGAUGUGUUUUUACUUUAUCUGUAUUUAUCAGUUGCUUUUUAUGAGUUUUAUGACUAAGGGAACACUGCUGGUUAAAUGUUUUAGGUUUGCAAACUAUUUUAAUGAGGAACAGAUUAGUGAUGCACUCAGAGCAACACAAUAUUGAACUACAACACUAAAAUUACAGUGAAAAAGUUCCUCUGGCUCUGAUGAUAAUGUGAUACAAUGAUCACAGUACAGUUAUGUUAUAAAAUGAAAAGCUAGUUAAAGGUUUGGAUGUAUGUGUCUUAAUUUGUUUACAUCUUAAAGACAAAAACAGUAUUAUGAUUCACAUAUAGUACAUAUAUGUCAGCCCUUGGCAUGUUACAAACAAUAAAGUCAAUAAUGAUGAUGUAUGAAUUCAUGUCCAAUAAAACAAACAAAAAACAUACAAACAGUGGUAUGAAAAUGUUUGGGCAUCACGAUUCAUGAUUUUACUUUUGAAAUCAUUGGUUGUUCA